AUGGCUGGCACAGCUGCAGAGGCGAAAGCGGCAUGGGACGCCCAUGUCGACACCCGCACAGGAGCUGAGCCUCCCAGACCAGCUGAUCCAUCCGAGCUCAGUACACUUAGAAACACCAUUGGUGGAUCUUUCAGAGCAGCAGCAGCUUUAGUUGGCGCUGCCACGGCCUCAGUCCCUGACCAGACUGGUGAUGGUUCCAAAAUUGCACCAGAAGAGAAGGCUAGCCUUUACAAGAAGAUUGAAGGCGGUCUUCGAGACAUGUCUCACCUUGGCAUCGAGAACAUCCAGAGUCUGAUGGACAUUCAGAAGGAAAAGAUGCUUGGCGGAUAUACUGAUGAUAAGACUUACCUCAUGGAGGGCCUUAUCCGAACCGCUGCUGCGUUACCUGACGGGUCUAAGACAAGAGAUGCAGUGACAGGCCGUUUCCUGGAGCAGCUGUGGGGUGACUUGCAGCACCCGCCACAGUCAUACCUUGGGUCAAAGUACCAGUACCGUUCCGCGGAUGGAUCAAACAACAGUCUCGUCAGCCCGCAAGUUGGUGCGGCAGGAACACCGUAUGCUAGGACAGUCAAGCCGUCUAUGAUGCAGACUCCUGCACGCCCAGACCCCGGUGUCGUAUUCGACAGCAUCAUGACGAGAAAACACGCCGAACUGCAUCCCAACAGAAUCUCGAGUAUGUUGUUUUAUCUGGCAUCCAUCAUUAUCCAUGACUGCUUCCGGACGAGCCACGAGGAUUACUCAAUCUCAAUGACGUCUUCGUAUCUCGAUCUAUCGCCUUUGUAUGGCAGCAACCAGGUUGAGCAAGAUAUGAUGAGGACUGGGCGUGAUGGAAAGAUCAAGCCUGACUGCUUCUCGGAAGCAAGGCUAUUGUUCUUCCCUCCCGGUGUCGGCGCUAUGCUGAUCAUGUUCAACCGUUUCCACAACUACACAGUCGAGAACCUGGCCGCUAUCAACGAACAAGGGCGCUUCACAAAGCCUUCGAAUGAAGUACCAAAAUCGACUGGUGACGUCGAAGUUGACAAGAAGACAAAGGCAAAGUACGAUGCAGCAUGGAAGAAGUACGACAACGAUCUUUUCCAGACUGGUCGUCUCAUCACUUGUGGUCUUUACGUCAACAUCAUCUUGAUCGACUACGUCCGCACGAUUCUGGAUCUCAACCGCACUGAUAGUAACUGGCAACUAAACCCCCGCGCCGAGGUAGCAGAUCUACCGAUGGGUGUUGGCAACCAAGUCUCUGCUGAGUUCAACCUGGUGUACCGAUGGCACUCUACAGUGUCCGAUCGUGACGAGAAGUGGACGCAGGAGAUGUGGGAUGGUCUCUUCGGCGAGGGUCGCGAUCCCAAGUCCGUCCACAAAUACGAGUUCCUUAGCAAGAUGAACGAGGUCUAUAAGAAGACUGACCCUGAUCCGUCAAAGCGCAAGUUUGCUGGUCUGGAGCGAGGUGACAACGGAACACUACCUGACCAAGACCUGGUUGACAUCUUGACAUCGAGCAUUGAGGACUGUGCCAACUCUUUCGGACCGAAUAGGGUUCCUGCGGUCUUCCGUGCUAUCGAAGUCCUCGGUAUCGAACAAGCACGUGUUUGGAACUUGGGCUCGCUCAACGAAUUUCGAAAGUACUUUAAGCUUGAGCCACACAACACCUUCGAAGACAUCACGUCCGACAAGUAUGUGCAGGAGCAACUUAGACACCUCUACGACCACCCGGACAAGGUUGAAAUCUACCCUGGUAUCGUCGUCGAGGACGCAAAGAAGCCUAUGGCUCCCGGUUCCGGUCUUUGCCCGUCAUACACUGUCUCCCGCGCUGUUCUUUCUGAUGCCGUCGCGCUGGUCCGCGGCGAUAGAUUCUACACGCACGACUACAACCCACGCACGUUGACCAACUGGGGAUACCGCCUUGCUGAUAGCGAUACCGGCGUUGACAAUGGAUGUGUCUUCUACAAGCUCUUCCUCCGCGCUUUCCCACAACACUUCAAGUACAACAGCGUCUACGCCCAUUAUCCGCUUACCAUACCUUCCGCCAUGCAGACCGCCCUCAAAGAUCUGAAGAAAGACAACCUCUACGACUUCAGCAAGCCAGUGGCAACAUCACACCCGCACUUCGUCAAAGAAUACAAGCUCGCUACCGACAUCAUGAAGGACCAAACCACGUUCAAAGUCGUCUGGGGUAAAGCCAUGGAAUAUAUCAUGGGUCCUGCAUCUGCCGACUUCAUGCUCGCUGGUGACGGACCCAAAAACACUGCUUCUAGGCAAAUGGUCAGCAAAGCACUCUACAUCUCCGACUGGGACAAGGAAGUACGAAACUACUACACCCGGAAGACUAGAGAGCUACUGAGAGAGAAGAGCGCAAAGAUCGCCGACUUCAACCAAGUAGAUAUCAUCCGCUCCAUCGGUAACCUCGCACACGUUCACUUCUGCUCCGAGCUGUUCAUGCUGCCACUGAAGACAGCAGCGCAACCUCAUGGUAUCUUCACGGAAGCUGAACUCUACCUUAUCAUGUCUUCAGUCUUUGCUCUCAUCUUCUUCGACGCGGAUCCUGCUUCUUCUUUCCCCUUGCAUGUCAAGGCAAGAAAGGCGACGCAACUGCUCGGUAACAUCGUUGAGAAGAACGUCAAAGCUAUUGCAAGCUCUGGGGUCUUGUCCAGCAUCAUGGCUACAAUCUGGCCUCAGGAAACUACUUUGAAGUCGUAUGGUGUGCACAUGAUCAAGCGGUUGUUGGAGAGUGGUAUGAGUCCCGAGACUCUGACUUGGGGCCACAUUCUGGGUACAGCGGGAGGAAUGGUGUCGAACCAAGGCCAGCUCUUUGCUCAGACGAUCGAAUACUACCUCCUCGGCAACGGCAAGAAGCAUUGGGCUGAAAUUUCAAAGUUAGCACAAGAUGAUAGCGAAGAGGCAUUUGAGAAGUUGAUGCACUACACCAUGGAGGGUGGAAGAUUGAACGGCGAAACAGGCGUCAUUCGUGCUGUUGCCAAACCAACGACGAUCACCGAGGGAGCAAAGACGACAGACCUCAAAGCAGGCGACGCCGUCUUCGUAAACCUACGCACCGCCUCCCACGACCCAGCCAUCUUCCCUAACCCGGACGAAGUCGACAUCACACGCCCACUGGAUUCCUACAUUCAUCUCGGAUACGGCCCGCACCAGUGUCUUGGUUUGCCCAUGACACGUAUCACGCUCACGACGAUGCUGCGAGAAGUGGCCAGGCUGAAGAACUUGCGGCCGGCGCUUGGUCCGCAAGGGAAGAUCCACAAGGUUGAGAAGAAGAUGGGUCCCGGCGAGGACAAGUACUCGUAUCAUGCUUAUUUGACGGAGAAUCAGGAUAUGUAUUUUCCGUUCCCCUGUGCUUUGAAAGUAUGCUGGGAUGAUUAG